CAGUCAGGGCAGAGCAGUUGAAGGGGGGAGUGGUCUGAGUCCCAUGUCCUUACUGGCGUAAAAAUAAAUAAAUAAAUAAAUAAAUAAAUAAAUAAACAGAUGCUUUGUAGUUCACAGCCGGGACUUCUUGCAGUCGUUCCAACUCCGGUGCUACCGGUGCGACUCUGCGCUCAGCCCGGGAUCCGGUCUGCGCUCCAGAACCAGCUGGCCGAGCAAGUGAUUGCGUCUUGGCUGUGAAGGAAAGAGCGAGCAGACCCCUCUUGCUCUAACUGAACAAAGAAGAGUUUUCCUGGGAAGUGUUCUCCACACUCUGUAAACUGAAUGGGAAUACGGGGAAUUUAUGACCUUGGAAAAUGAAGAUGUUGUUGCCAUGGGAACUGUUAAUCCUUCUGUCACUCAAAGAGUGCCUUGCUGAAAAUGCCCGCCAUGGUCCUGUCUUCACCCAGGAGCCCAGUGACAGCAUUUUCCCAAUGAGCUCUGGUGACAAGUUGGUGUUCAUUAAUUGCGGAGCAAAAGGAAACCCACCUCCACAUUACAGGUGGAACGUGGAUGGAAGGGAUAUAGACACAGACUCAGACCUGAACUACAGCCUUGUCGAGGGGAACCUGUUGAUCAGCAACCCUCACUUUAUCAACCAUGGAGGAGUGUAUCAGUGCAUUGCCACCAAUGCAUUUGGGACCAUCGUCAGCAGGAAAGCGAGAGUCCGGUUUGCAUUUCUGCAGAACUUCAGCAGGAAGCCGAGGAACACCGUGCUGGUGAGAGAGGGUCAAGCUGUGGUUCUUCUCUGCGGCCCGCCGCCCCAUUACGGAGAAAUCAAAUAUUCAUGGGUUUUCAACGGCCAGAGCAGCUUCCUGCAGCAGGACGCUCGCCGUUUCAUCUCUCAGCGGACGGGAAACUUGUACAUAGCAAAAGUUGAAGCCUCGGAUGCAGGGAAUUACACGUGCGCCGUGAGAAACAUGAUGACCAACGCCUCCGUGUUCAGCUCUCCGACCCCUGUGGUGGUGCGGAGGGAUGUAGUGAUGGGUGAAUAUGAGCCAAAGAUCGAGGUUCACUUUCCCGACACACUUCAUGUCUCUAAAGGAUCCUCCGUGAAGCUGGAAUGUUUUGCCUUAGGAAACCCUGUGCCUUCCAUUUCCUGGAGGAGAGCCGAUGGAAAUCCACUCCCUGGAAAGAUUAAGAUCAACCACUCCACCGGGGAUCUGGAAAUUCCGUAUUUUCGCCCGGAGGAUGCCGGUGUGUACGAGUGUGUCGCCGAGAACAGCAGAGGAAGAAACGUUGCCAGAGGGCAGCUCGUAUUCCAGAAUGUUGAACAUCUUCACUGGACCCAGACACUCAAAGAUGCUUACAUGGCUAUCGGCGCUAACCUGCAAUGGGAAUGUAAAGCUGCGGGUAAGCCGAGACCCACAUACCGCUGGUUAAAGAACAGCCAGCCGCUAACAGCAAUGGGGAGAGUUCAUGUUGAGGCUGGCCGACUGACCAUAUCCAAGAUCACUUUAUCAGACUCAGGAAUGUAUCAGUGUGUGGCUGAGAAUGAAUAUGGAUCUGUUUAUGCCAGCGCCGAGCUCAAGGUUGUAGCCUCACCACCUGACUUUACCCAGCGGCCCGUGAAAACGUCCACAGUGGUCCAGAGAGGGGGCGAGUCGGCGUUGGAGUGCCGGCCCAACGCCUCCCCCAAAGCCUCGAUCUCCUGGUGGAGAGGAGGAAAUCUGCUGAAGGACAGUGAGAGACAGACCACCAUGGAGGACGGAACGCUUCGCAUCACCAACAUCUCUAAAUCUGAUGAGGGCAGGUACACAUGUGUGGCCAGGAACCACUUUGGAGUGUCCAGCAGCUCAGGAACUCUGGUGGUGAAAGAGCCCACCAGGAUCACCAUCCCACCUCUAAGUUCAGACGCCACUGUGGGACAGAGUCUGGUGUUGCCCUGUGAGGUCUCCAGUGAUUCAUCUUUAAACCCCGUCUUCAAGUGGUUUUUCAGUGGGAAAGCCAUAGACUUCAGCAGGCAGGAGCACUUUGAGAUGAUUGGAGGAGGAUUUACAGGUGACCUGAUGGUGAGAAACAUUCAGCUCAGGCAUUCUGGGAAAUAUGUGUGUAUGGUGCACACUGAAGUUGACACGGUGUCAGCAGCAGCAGAUCUAAUUGUCAGAGGACCUCCCAGCGCCCCAGAGGUUCCAGCAGUAGCUGACGUAACUGACACCACAGUUCAGCUGUCUUGGGGCUCUGGACCUGACAACCACAGCCCCAUCACAGUGUACAUGGUGCAGGCCCGGACCCCUUUCUCUAUCGGCUGGCAGAAUGUGAGAACAGUUCCUGAUUCUGUGCCUGGACAGAUGAUGCACGCAACAGUGACAGAUUUGAACCCCUGGGUGGAAUAUGAAUUCAGGGUGGUGGCUGUCAACAGUGUUGGUGUUGGGGAACCCAGCACACCGUCCAAACAGAUCCGAACGAAAGCAGCAGCUCCCAAGGUUGCACCGGUUAAUGUGAGUGGCGGUGGGGGAGCUCGGGGGGAGCUUGUCAUUACGUGGGAGCCUGUCUCAGAGGAACAGCAGGCCGGAGAAGAGUUUGGCUACGUUGUGGCUCUCCGCCCACUUGGCAGCAGCACCUGGUUCCAGACGGUGCUUGCUUCCCCGGAUGCAUCAACAUAUAUCUACAGAAAUGACAGCACGGCGCCUCUGUCCCAGUUCGAAGUGACUGUGGGUGUGUACAACAGCAUGGGCGAGGGCCCUUUCAGCCGCGUGGUUACAGUUCUGUCUGCAGAGGAAGAGCCGUCUGAGGCCCCACAGAGAGUAUGGGCCCGAGCUGUGUCUGCCUCUGAAAUCGAGGUGUACUGGGACCCGAUUCCUCCUUCGUCUGGCAGUGAGAAGAUCAUAGCGUACGAGGUUCUGUUUUGGGAGGAUGGAUCUGAGCAGAGUGGAGUACGGGUUGUCAACAGCACAGCUCUGCUCUCCGGUCUGAAGGGCAGCACUUUCUAUCAGAUUGCAGUCAGAGCCCAGAACAGUGCUGGUUUUGGACCCUGUAGCGUCUCAGUCAACAUCACCACUAAAAAACCACCACCCAGUCAACCUCCCGCAGGCAUCGAGUGGCUCCUGACCAACUCAAAGAUCCUUCUGAGGUGGGAGCACGUCAAGGCCAUGGAGAACGAGUCUGAGGUGAUGGGAUACAAGGUUGUGUAUCGACAAAAGUGGCAUGGCCGGACCGCGGUGCUGCAAACCAAUAAGACCAACGUGGAACUGCAAAUCCCUGCUGGAGAGGACUACCUAAUUGAGAUCAAAGCUCUGAGUGAGGGGGGGGAUGGCGCCACCAGUGGCCAUAUUCGCAUACCAAAGAUGUCCAGUCUUGGCUCAAAAGGAUAUGUUUGUCCAGUUCCAGUCACCAUUCCCUGUCUCCUGUUCUGGGUGUUUUCUUUGGAUUAUUUGCUCAGAUAUUGAUGCUAUUAAAACUCAAGGAUAUCAGAUAAUAGUGCAUAUUUUCCCCAAAUUUUAGAUAUCCAGAGUAAUCAGAAACAAGAAGAAUGUUUCUUAACCACAGUUUUUUCCCAACCCAACUUGGAACGAAUGUAAGGGCCUUUCUGAAACGCAGAAUCAACCAUCUCAUGCAGGUCUGAUCACUCCAGGAAGCAGGAAUUUUCCCUCAUAGAAAUAAAUGACUGAAUUUCACUGAAGAAGAAACUUACAAACAUGUUCAUGCCAUGUUCUCUCUUGUCUUCGAGAGUCUUAGUUAUUCAGUCUUUGUCUUCUUUCCUUUCCUCUGAUUCCUCAACUUUUGUUUUUGAAAGUGUGUCACUCAUCUCAGCGUGAUGGUGUCCAGUCAGUGUUGCUGUUUUCACGCCUGCUGCUUUACGCUGAGGAAUCUGACAUAAGCUGGUAGUGGGAUUGAUUUUAGCUAAAUGUCAGAUAGAAAUACAGGAUGUCUAGAUGUCAGCCUUCAGGCUAUUGUAAAGAUCAAACCGCUCAGUCAGGAGGAUGUGGCUUCAACAGUGAUGCUACACUUUUUCUUAUUUAUUUACAAAAUGCAUCUGCCUUCUCUGCUAGGCCCUUGUCUCCUGAUCUUGUGCUGGAGAGGAGGUUUGAGAUCCUCAGGGUCUCAUCUCAGCUUUUUGCUGACAAUGUGGUUUUGUUGGUGUUUUCCAGCCAUGACCUUCAGCGACCACUGAGAAUGUUCACAGCUGAGUGAAGCAGCCCUACUUAGAGUCAGGUCUUCCAUAUCAGAGGUCAUGCUGCUUAACUUGCAAAAGGUUGAACGCGCCUUCUGGAUUAGGAGUAUCUGCCUCGAGCUAGGGAGUUUAAGUACCAUUCGUAGUGCUUCAUCUCCAGAUGUAGUCUUUCUUGGUGAGGAAGAGUCUGAUCUGAAAGGCAAGGCUCUGGCUUUGCUGGUCUAUCUGCGUUCCAACACACACUCAUCAUAAAAGUUUUGGAUCAAGACCAAAAACUUGAACCUGAAUCUAAGCGGCUGAAAUGGGUUCCUCUGUAGGGUGGCCGGGCUCUGCUGUAAAGCUGUUACAUCCUCUUCAAGAACUGAGAUAUUUGGUCGUACUCCCAAGGCAGUGAGGAAAAUAAAUGUUCUUGCAGCUGAACUAAGGAGUAGUUGCUUACCAGUUCUUACAGAAGACAUCAUAUUGGCAGAACAUUUUUUUGUGUGGCAACUAUUGCUGAGUUCGGCACUUGAGUUUCCUUGAGCAGAACCUUUUUUCCUUGUUUUAGCCAGCUUGAGCAAACAAACUUCUCAGUCCUCGUAGAACACGUCACACUCUAGAGAAAAUUGAGGAGUGCCAUCAUCAAGGGAAAAACUCCUAAUAGAGAUAAUAUCAUUGAAAUAACUCAACUGAUGUAGUUCAGACAUCUGAUUAGAAUGCCUCCUUGUCCAUUUCUUCUGGAAGUUUUCUCACUUAGAGAUGACAUUGGGGCAGACCCCGGUUUUCCUGAGGGGACAAUAUAGCCUCUUUGGCUUACACAAGGGUUCCUCAAAUGUAAUGGUCUGAGGGCCACUAAACAAAAAGACCCAGAAGUGUCGGAUUGGGGGUCGGACCGGACCAACUUCACAUGGGACAGCACUCUGCUGGCCAGAAAUGCUUACCAGUUUUGUGGAGAUGGUAGGUGCAGGCGCUCCUUACCUGCUUAACAACAACUAUUAACUAUUUUUUGUGUCAGCAAUUAAUUUUAAAGCUAGCAGUUAGCUUUUGCCAGUUUGCCAACCAAUGAAAAAUACAAGAAGGGGAAAAAGAAGUUUGUUUUUUUGUUGUCACGAUCAGGAUGGAGGAGGUGGAAACCAAAAAUGCAGAACCCAGAACGACUCAAGGCAGGAGAAGUGUUCAAAAAAAUAUCUUUUAUUUUAAAGGAUGAAGGUGCCAAAAACCAAAGGGCACUAAAAACGAAUCAAAACUCAACCUUACUGAAAACAAAAAGAAAACUCAUUCGUUGGACUGAACAGGAAGACACGAGGAGGACAGGAACACUCUGACAAAUGAAAUGACCCAACAAACACAGAGUGACAAUACAAGGCUUAUAAAGAAGAGGGAGGUAAUCAGGGAAACAGGUGACAGGUGUGAGGAGUGAGAGCUGAGGAGAAACUGGUGGAACCAAUUAACUAAAUGGGAAGGGAAAGCUUGACAGGAGGGCAGAUAAACAUUAACCUAUAACACAUGAAUCUAACUAAACCUAAAAGACAGAGGGCAAAAUAAACAACCAGAUGGGUGAGGAGAACUAAUCUAAAGACAACUAGGAAAACCAGGGAGUGACUGGGAGGACACAAGAGGAGAGCCUGGAGUGGGAAGAGGAGGGGGCUGGGGAACAAAGGGACACAGAACAUGACAUUUGUUGGCAGCAUGGUGGAGCUUGGGCGUAAAAGUUGGAGUUAUGUUUUUGGAGGUGAAGCAAGGAGCUAAACCUGAGUGAACAUUAGCCUACACCCAUUUGAGGAAGCUAAAAGAGGCUAUGAAAUCACAAAAUGAUUGUGGCCUGGCUUUGUUGCUACUCGACUUGCAGCAAGUCCAUAUUUUCAUCCAACAGUGUGGAUCUAUUUAGUUCCUGACUUAUUUAGCAUCAAUUUGUUUGUGUUAGCUCGUUGGUAGUGCUAGCAGUUGUCAUGGUAUUACAGAGUAGAGGUGGGAGAGUGUUGCAUCUGUCGUCCGUUCUGUAUUCUCUGUCUGGGAAUCUCCAAGUGGGGGUCCAGUCUGUCACGUUGAGGCAGGAGGUUGGGACCCAAACUGCAGAACCCCAGAACAACUCAGACAGGAGCGGUUGAAUAAAUGAAAAUUCUUUUUAUUAAGAUUAUGAGUAAAUAUCCAAAAGGCAGGAAGCCAAGCCUAAAGUCUAGUAAAACAGACUGACAUGAACAAAAGCUCAUUUAUGAGCAGGAACCUAGAUUCUUCUCAAGGGGAACAGAACAACACUGACAAGAUAAUGGAACGACAAAACAUUGUGACGCAGACAGGGUUAUAUACUCAGGGGCUGGGUGAUUGGGAGACGAGGAGCAGGUGCGUGGGGAGAGAACUGAGGAGAGACUGGUGAGAUCAAUUAACUAAAUGGGAAGGGAAAACCAAGCAGAGGAGGAGAUAAACCAUAACCUGUGAAUCUCUAAAUAAAUAAACCUAAAAGACUAAGGGCACAGGAGAACCGAAUAUAAAUAACUAAUGACCUGAGGAGUGAGGGAGACUAAUUAACAAGUGGUGAAGGAAAACACACACACUAGAGGGGGCUAAUAAAAUUCAAAGCUGAACCUAUAGAAAACUACAGAAGGGGUGACUAGGAGAGACCUGAGGGAAACCGGGAGGGAGCUGGGGACAAAAAGGGGCAUAGGAGACUUUAGGGACACAUGAGGAGAACCUGGAGGGAAACCUGGAAGGGGCUGGGGAUCACAAGGACACCGCACAUGACAGAGGCGGCCCAUUAAUUGAGAAUCACUGCUUUAAACUAACCUCCAAACAAACUGAGGUUUACACACGUCAUCAAAUGUCUGAAAUGCAUCAGUGAGUAUACUUUUACUGGUGCUCAAGAUCAAACAGACUAAAAUGUAAUGAAUGUGGUUAUUAUUUAAAGGGCAGGCUUCUCCAAGAUUUUAUGAAGAAUGUUAGUUAUGAUGAGUUAUAUGUUAUUUUUGUCUGGGAUGAAUUGUAAAAGAAUGGUAGUGAACUGUGCACACAUAGUGACUAGGUUCCCGUGAUACACAUUCAUUCUCGUAAAUGUGUGUGAUGAGGAGGAACCACUUCUUAAAAAAUAAAAACUCAACAGCAAAAGUUGCAAAAAUCGCUGUGUGAGUGGCCUUCAGGUGCUCAACUAAAUCUGCACACCCAAAGGAAGAAAGUAUGACCAGUCUAUAUGUCAGAAUAAGCUUUGAAACACACGGGAAACUCUUCAGAAUAGUUUUCCUAACAUAAUGGCCUCUCUGCAACACAUGUAGCAUUAUUUUUCUUAAAGGUGUGGUUGACUGUAAAAACUUAUUUUUUUUUUUUUUGUUAUGAUUCAAAGGGAUCACUCUGUUUAUUGCAGGAUGAACAUGAAAAUAGUCUCCUACAUCUAUCUCCUGGAUUAGCUUCUGAUAGAAAAUUGAGGGUGAAAACUAGGAUUUGAAAAUCCUGUCAGAUCUACGUCACACUGUGAAUUAGUGUUCAUGGACUCACCCAGGGGCUGCGCAGUGGCGCAGUGGUUAGAGCUGUUGCCUUGUAGCAAGAAGGUCCUGGGUUCGCUUCCAGGCCUGGGAUCUUUCUGCAUGGAGUUUGCAUGUUCUCCCUGUGCAUGCGUGGGUUCUCUCCGGGUACUCCGGCUUCCUCCCACACUCCAAAAACAUGACGGUUAGGUUAAUUGGUCUGUCUGAAUUGUCCUUACGUGUGAGUGUGUGUGUGCAUGAUUAUUUGUCCUGUGUGUCUCUGUGUUGCCCUGCGAUGGUCUGGCUCUCUGUCCUGGGUGUAAUCCGCCUGAUUGCCCAUUGACCGCUGGAGAUAGACACCAGCCCCCGCGACCCUGCGUGGACAAAGCGGGUUCAGACAAUGGAUAGAUGGAUGGACUCACCCAUCGUGACUCAUGACGGGAAAGGCUGUUGCUGUUUUAACAUCCAGUAUCAGCAGCAAACGUCUCAGUUAGUUUAAGCUAACCAUUAUCAUUAGCAACUUCGCCUCACAGCAGAAGCUCCUCCAGGCGUGUAUUGUUUGUGGAGCUAAAACUUCAAUGUUGCAAGUCGGUGGGAGAGUUGCAGUGCUGCUAUCCAAUCCGGACGAGAUGUCCAAACAUCAGGAACAACAGCCUGCUGUCUGAAGCUCAGCUGUGAUGUGCACAACUUUUACUUCUGGG